AUAGCGUGUUUUAGAAGGUGUAAAGAUAAUCAAAAUAUGAUCAGACAAUUGCGGAUCUUCAAACACCUCUCUGCCUCUCUUUGCCCUAACCCCAAAGUCUCUUGAGAUUUGUCCAAACAUGAGCGUCACCCAGUUCGCCAUGGUUGAGGAAUUGGCUUUUCUAGUUAAGGACAAUCUAUCUUCCAAGCAUCUUGUUCUCUCAACAGAAGAGGCCUUCAUUAACUUCCUGCAGGAAGACACAAGUUCUGAUGGAAUCCUAGAGUUGCAACCAAUGAACUCAUACAAUCGGCUUCUUGUGCAUCGUCUUGCAGAUAUAUUUGGAUUUGCACAUCAAUCUGUUGGUGAAGGAGAUGACCGGCAUUUGGUUUUGGAACGCUGCCCAGAGACAUCAAUACCUUCCAUCCUUGUUAGUGAUAUUUUGUGGCAGUAUGAUGAACCUGAGGUUCUGACAGCUUCCCGCCAAUUAUUGGCUAGAGAACAAGCUCAACCAGGAGAAGAAGCUCUGACAGUGUCAAAGACAACAUUACCUUCUCUUCAACUUAGUCUCAAGGAAAGGGAAGCAGCUUAUUCAGCUGCUCGUGAGCGUAUAUUUGCUGAGGGUGUGGGAGUGUUUCGUGAACCUGUCAAGCAGAAGCCACGGACUGUUCCUGUGGUGGCUCGCCGGAUGAUUGCUCAUGCGUUGGGCCAAAAAGUUAAUUCGCACAAUGAAGAUGCUACCAUUGGUGACCAUGCUGAACAUGUACAACAAUCACAGGAUAAAACCUACCCUGAUGACAAGGGAAAAGUUGCUUCCAAUUCAAGAUCUGAAGCUUAUCAAGAGACUGUUUCCUUAUCAGGCCAAAAUACAGGUGUAUAUGAUAAGACAAAGAGCAAUAAUAAUGACAGAUCCGAUGCAUCAUUAUCUAUUGAUAAGAAUGCACAGCAAGGAGAAGCAGAAAAUAAGACCAGUAAUCUCAGCAGACAUGGAAGAAAUCGAAAUGGAGUUGAAAGAGUCUAUUCAAAGGAAGAACACCUGGGUGCUGCAAAGAGAAUGUUUGCUCAUGCACUAGGUUUGCAGCCCACGAAGGAUGGCUCGCUUUCAAAAUGCAGUGAGAGAAAGAAAAUUGACAAGGCUUAAAGGCUAAGUCAGGAUUUCUACAUCUGUUACCACCUUUUGAACUUGGUUCGACAGAAGAGAAGCAUUUGUCUCCUGGACUAACUAACCAUCAGUUAAUGGGGAUAUCUUGCUAUAAAGGUCCAGAAAAAGAUACAGAUGGAAAGACUGAACCAAAUGAAGCAUGGUGAUCAAUCUCUCUUCUGCUGCUGGAUGUUCCGCAUGUGGGUCAAAUAGUUGUUUCUGCUGGAUUCAACAAAAUUGAUGGGGGAAGAUGUGUCUGCCUCUCAACAAGAGGCUGCCAAGAUGCCUAGCCUGGACGUGGUGGUGCCAUCUGAGCUGGUGUGGUAGUCUUGGUUGUGCCAUUUCUGGAUAAAAUUAAACUGGAUAUCAUGCAUUUUGUCAAUGUUGUGAGUGCAUUUUUUUCUAUUUUAUGUGACAUUUAGAUGUAUGGUAUAUUUUAAAGUUACAAAUAUGAACAGAUAAUUCACAAAGGCGUCAGGAGUCAUCUGUGC